CGAAGUUGGCCAAGAACCUCAUCCUGGCAGGAUUCAAGGGCUUGACCAUGCUGGACCAUCAGCAGGUUUCCCAAGAGGACACCCGGGCUCAGUUCCUCAUCCCGGGGGGAUCCUUGGGCCGGAACCGUGCCGAGGCCUCCCUGGAGCGGGCGCAGAACCUCAAUCCCAUGGUGGAGGUCAAAGCCGACGCCGGGAACGUGGCCACCAAACCCGAGGAGUUCUUCACCCAGUUCGAUGCGGUCUGCCUGACCUGCUGCUCCCGGGAUGUGAUGGUGAAGAUCAACCACAUCUGCCACAAGAGCAGCGUCAAGUUCUUCGCCGGGGAUGUUUUUGGCUACCACGGUUACAUGUUUGCUGACCUGGGGGAGCACGAGUUCGUGGAGGAGAAAACCAAAGUGCCCAAAGCCAGCCCGGGCGUGGAGGACGGGCCGGACACCAAGAAAGCCAGAGUGGAUCCCUCCGAGACCACCAUGGUGAAGAAGCGCCUCGUCUUCUGCCCACUGAAGGAGGCUUUGGCUGUGGACUGGAGCGGGGAGAAGGCGGCAGCAGCGCUGAAACGCACGGCCCCGGAUUACUUCCUGCUCCAAGUGCUGCUGAAAUUC